GAAGCCGUUUAGCUACAUCGGAGAUCAUCUACAGGUUUGUUAGGAUUUUAAACUAAUUAGAUUGUUCAUGAACUGAGUUAGAACUAUUUGCCGAGGAACUCAGGAAAGACUAUUUAUAUAAUUUCUCGUUGCGAAUUUGUGCGAUCUCUGCAUAAAAAAUGAUAAACUGAGGAUUAAUUUUCCUCAUAGAAUUCAGCUCAUAUAUGACUGUACCCCUCGAGACCUUACUUAUCUUUACUUAUCAGUUCUACUGUCCUUUUUUUCUCUACAUUAGACAUUUGCUCCUGGAAAGUCAAGAGGUUUGUACUUAUCAACAUGACCUUCAGCUGUAGAUUUUUGAUCGGAAAGGUUAACUUACCCAUUUUAUGAGCAGCUUAUAAGUGAAGAAAAUCAUAAGAAGAGUCAAUAUGACGCGUUCAGUGUUUUCUAUACACACAUGAUCCAUAAAAUUCCGCCAUAGGGCUAAAUUUUACGGAAGGCUCAGAUAUCAGUCAUAUUUAACAUGUUUAACUAAGAUUUAAGCCCACAAAUGCAAAACUUGUUUGUUCGUUUGUUGUGUUAUAAUUAAUGAAAUUGCGAAACCCUAAAAAAUGAUCAGAGGCUCUUUCCCGUGUGAGAUUUCAUUAUUUCCGAUGGAGAGUCAGUUUAAAUUUAAUUUAGUGUUUGCAUUCAGUUUGAUAUAGCUCUAUGUUGUCAAUGGUUUUUAUUAACAGAGCUGGACAAGGGACUAAACUGAAGUAAUUAACUGUUUCAUAACUCACCACUAUUAAAGGUUGGUAUUAAAAUCUCGGACGCUUAUAAUUUAUCUCGUCUUCUUUUUUCUGCUCUGUCAAAAAAAAUCAGUCUUUCCUGACGUUGUUAAAAAUACGUUAUUUUAAAAAAUACAAGAAUUUAGGAUGUAACUGCAUGUUCUAAUCGAAGCGUUAAGAUCGCGUGAUUUUGCCGUAUGAUAAACUCAUCACUCUCCUCGCAGUUUUACUGUCUCUGAGACAUUUCUACGUGUAUUGGGUAAAAAGCUUUUCGUUUAUCCUGGGAGACACUUGUAUUUAUCAUCAUCACACUUUCCACGGAGGUAUGUUGAGUUUUUCAUAUUCAGUUGGAUUGUUCGAGAGUUCAAGGGAACUUGAGUAUCGCUUAACUCCUGGAUUGAAAUUGCAGUAAUUUCAUGACUUGCUGUGAAUCGCGCGCUGAAUGCUAUAGGCUCUUACUACUGAGAUUUUAAUGAUCAAUAUUUUAGAACACUAAGAACUAGUUUACGAGCUGCUUUUGUUUGACAUAAUAAUUGUAGGACUGUUUAUUUUCUCGACCCCAUCUGUGGGCAUGUGAUUAGACUCGUUAGAUCAUGAUUUCUCGGUGAAACUGUGAAAGACAGUGUACGUUGCUUUUUUUGUUUAAGAUCUGUCUGGAGACUUGAAAUGGUAUUAGUCUGGUAUAUAAGUAUACAUACAACGAUGACAACAAGAACAAAAAAAAGAUGAAAAGUUGCCCAUAAUGAUACUGACUUUCAGUAAAUUGUGAUAUAAAGUUUAUGACUUACACGCUUCAAAAAAGCAUCUCAAGGUCUCAUAUAUAAUAUCAAGAUAAAAAGUUAUAGCUUUUACACUACACUUCUUGAUACCAUAGAAAUUGUACUAACCUAUUUCUCGCCUCUCCCGAUAAAUUCGAUCCAAUUUCCUCAUUCAGUUUUCCCUAAUCGACAUUCCAAUUAUUUUUGCAGAUCGACCGAGCAAAAUACUGGGACCUAAGAUUGAAAGUGCAUGUGACGGUGACAAGAUUCCUGGCAGCUUCUUCUUGUAGCAGCGAAUUACGAGGUCAGUUUGCUGUUUUUUCAGUUGUUUAGCUUAAUUGCGUUCAAAAGGUAAUGGUAAAAGAUAAUGCUUCAUCUAUAAAGGUUGAUCAAUGUGGUUAUUGUUUAUUCCAGGCUUUUGAAGCAUCUUUAUAACUGAACAAUGCUCUACACUGAAUCAACGUUAGGUAAGCUUCUAGACCUCAGUAAACGCAGCUGUUUUUGCUUACUGUGAAUCCAUAAAUGUCCAUUUUCUAUAUACUUUUCCUUGCUACAAUUUAUGUGAAUUAUUGGACAGAAGGUGUUAAAAAACCAGUUAAUGCGCACCUUUUCACACUUGUCAUUCAAAUUCCCUACUCACUGAGACAAACAUGUCCGUUUUGUGGCCAAAAUGUCCCCACCCUCGAGAAAGUUGAAAAAGGACCACCUUUCUCUUUUUUUAUUCAAAAUGCACCUAUCAGUGUAAAGCUGACAGGGGGGAGGCAGGGCAUGGGGCAUGGGGAGGGGAUUUUUACUGCUCUUGACAGGGGCAUCCAAUGACUCAAUGUUUCUAAACACGUCAAAAGUGUAUCAAAUGGUUUUCUAUAAGUGUUAGAAGCCUGUUUGGUGUAAUUUGGAGCUGCCAAAAAAAACUAUAAAUCUGUUAGGAUGUCUUAAGGGACUUUGGUCAUCUCCAUUAAAUUUUUAAGACCUUGCCACCAUAUGUUAUAUGUAUUUACAUUCGGCAGAGGGAGAUAUGCUUGUCCAAAAGGGACAAUAUAUCAAGAUUUAUUUAUAUACAUCAAGAAUUAUUUAUAUACAUCAAGAUUUACUUAUAUAUACAUCAAAAUUUACUUAUAUGUAUCAAGAUGUAUUUAUAAACAUCAAAAUUUAUAUAUAUAUAUAUCUAUCUAUAUCAAGAUUUAGUAAAAUCCAACUAUUGGUCUAUUAUCAAUGCUGCAUUCUGAUUGGUUGAGCUGCUACUAGGCUAUAUGUUAUAGUCCACUAGUAGCGAAAAGGGCAGGCUUUUUGGUGGCAAAAAAGGAUUAAAGUCUAGCUUUAACUAGCUAAAAUUUUUUUAUUCUCGAUAUUUUUUACCAACUAGUUGGAUUUUACUAAAACAAUUAUUCCUCUCACCCUCAUGGCCUCUGAGUCAAUAGCUUCGGCCUCAUGGGCUAUUGACUCAUAGCCCAUUUGGGCUCGAGGAAUAAUUGUUAAUUAUUUAUGUAUAUAAAGAUUUAUUAUAAGCAUCAAGUUUCAUAUAUCAGUGUCAAGAUUAGUUUACAUCAAGACCCAUAUACAUCAAGGUUAUGAUAGGCUUACAUGAAGUACCAAGUCAAAUUGGUUUGCCUGGUUAAUACUUUGCUUCAAGAGCCUCACAAAAUGGUGUAUGUUAAACCAAAUCUCGAACAAUUUCUUGGAGCAUCUCUAAGAGAACCCUAUAUGAAGCAAUUGAAGGAUUUAACAGGCACUAUGAGCUUAAUCGAGCAAGAUCCCUCCGUGACAGUAGCCUCCGACUGUGAGCGUGCCCUUCCAAAUCACAGUCUUCAAUUUGGACUGAUUUCAAAUUCAUUACAUCAUCAAAUCAUGUAAUUUCUGUGAUAUAAACCCACUUAAAGGCUCUUUGCGCUGCCAUUCAACAAGAUCCUUGUCAACAACGUACUGUGGCUGGCUUCAGUUCCUGACCCAUGUAUUCCAUUGGACAGCCAAGCUUAAAGAGUGGUUCAUACACAUGUCCAAUAUAAUCUAAGUCCCCUUAAUGAGAUGCAUAUUUACCAAUAGAACCACUGGAAUGACAUCAUUUUCUGUUGGUACCAAUCGAACCAUUGGUAUCAAUGGACUAUCGGAAUUGCCCUGUACCCAGCCAAGCCACAUGGGAAAAUAAUCUAAGUCCCCUUAAUGAGAUGCAUACUAACCAAUAGAAGUAUUGGAAUGACGUGAUUUUCUGUUGGUACCAGUCCUACCAUUGGUACCAAUGGACACCCUUCUUAUCACCAGUAAUGCUGAUGGAGUCUAUUUGUGAGUCUUGGACAACCCUCCUUUCAUCAUUGUACUUGGAUAACUUACCUAUAACAUGCAUAAAGACCUUUUAAGUUUGUUGAUGUAUUAAAGAAACGGUUCUGAAAUCCAUGAGAUUUGAUAUAGAUAAAGAAAUCUUGAUAUAUAUAAGGAAAUCUCAAUGUAUAUGAAUAUAUCUGGAUUUAUAUAAAUAAAUCUUGGUAUAUAUAAAUAAAUCUUGAUGUAGAUAAGUAAGUCUUGAUGUAUAUAAAUAAAUCUUGAUAUGUUGUCCCUUUUGGACAACCAUAUGUGUGGAGUUAACUGUACAUAAGGAAAGUGUUGUUGUAGACGAAAUAAAGGCAGUGGAAUUCAUGAGAUCUCGUAGUGCGCAAUUUUGAUGAAAAUUAUAAUCCAAUUGGAUUACAGCCAUUGGGUCAUGCACCUAGCAGACUUCCGGUGAAGAAGUUAAGACGUCUGUAACAUAAAAGGAGAAAAGUAGAGUCCAUGAGGGCGAGAGGGAUAGUUGUUUUAGUAAAAUCCAACUAGUUGGUCAAAAAUAUAGAGACAAAACAACUUUAGCAGGCACAACGUGAUUCAGCCGCCAUAACAUAUAGCCUAGUAGUAGCUCAACCAAUCAGAACGCAGAAAUGAUAAUAGACCACUAGUUGGAUUUUACUAAUAAAAUGUAGUUGAUGAUGGCUUUACGUUCACUACUUAGCCUGGUUUAGAUGCCGAUAUUUCCCUGAGCCAAACCUAAUACAUUGAAUUAAGUACAUGAAAAGUUCGGCGAACGUAUUUUGCAAUCAGUUCAGACCAAAAUGAGCAUUUUUCUCCUUUUGAAUUUAGUUGGGCUGGAAUUAAGAUCGGCGUCUGAAUCAAUUCGUAUGGUCCAAAUAGUUUGGGUCGGCCUUAAUUCGAAUUAUGUUUGGCUGAUGAAAAGUUCAGCAUCUGAACCAGGCAUACUAUAGUCGUGGCCAACAGUUUCAAGUGUGUAGUAUUCUUUUAAAUAAAGGGCCUGGGGCCUGGGGACCCCUGUUUAUCCUAUGACUGACUCACAAUGUAGAUCCCUUCCAAUCAAGUUUUAAUUUUUGCUGUUCAUUUCACUUGAUAUCAAGUACCUGUUGUUCAAAAACUACACAUCUCAACCUGUAGCGGGACCGCCCUUUUAUGUUUUUUAUUCGAGCCACGAAAAGGUCUAGCUACUUGCAAGACAAUACCUUCAUUUCGCAGUUAUUUCAAGACCCCAAUAUUGGCCCAGGUCUUGGAGAUCGAACCCAUGAGCUCCCUGAGGGUCUUUUCACACAUGAGCCUGGUUUCCGAGAUUUCACAGUUACCACCUCUAAAUCCCGUGUAAAAUUUUCGAUGUGUUCAUAUGAAGGGACAGGCUGGCUCGAUUCCCGAGAUCUUGCUUUUUCCAAUCGGGAUCUUGGUAAGUGGGUGGAAAGUUGCGCUGUAUGAACACUCUACUGAGCCCAGUUACCAGGAUGAGAUCUAGAGUGGGAUAAAUUCUUCUGCAAUAGGGCUGCCCGGAUGGCAUCAUCUUGCUUUGCCCGCUGUAUUUUUCACAUCAUAAGUAUCCCAUUUGACUGCAGUUGCCAAAGCUAUAGAAUAAUAAUUUUUGUGUUUCACCCUUAGUUUGGUUUGUUUCUCGGAUUUUGUACCAGAACUCGUCCCUAGAAUCUACGGCCUUUUCUCAUCUCAAAACCAGGCUGGAAUUUCUCAUAUGAACUCAAGGCGAAAUUGGUCCUGGUAACCGGGACAGUCCGGUCAACCGGGCGCGAUCAUGUGAAGAGGCACUAAAUUGAAUUUCUAUCCUACGCCAACCCUGUAAAGUGAUUUGUACAAAUGUUGCAGGCAAAAUCCGUGCUCAUUUUGUAAACCGCGAGAAUUUCUUUUGUCUCCUAUGAACAAUUAGUGCUAGGAAACAAAGGAAAUUUGAACCAAACUAGGUUAAAUCUGAUUUAAAAUAGCCUGUGUUGCAGUCGGCCCACGUAUCGCGUUAAGGUUUAAGCAGGAGUGCCUGCGACACAGGUAAAUUUUACCCACUACAUAAAAACCAUGGCACGCUUAGCAAGGCAAGUAGUUCCAUCUGGGUUCUGCCCACCCACCCACACUGUAGUUUGUCAGAGUUUUCAAAACUCUAUGGCAUAACCAGGCCCCCAAAGACUACCAAAUUAUUAGCAAACAUAAAUAUACUGAUUCUGUGUUAGCAAUAAGCCUUCUUAGAAUAAUCGAGCCCUUGGAGCCAGAAAAAAACAUUUUUAACAAACGUGUUUGACUUGAGGGUAUGUCUAUUUGUAUCCCACUGGCUACUAAAGUAACUGUAUAUUUUUACAUUUUAGAUGUUUAAAAAUCUUGCUAUUUGGCUAUGGCAUCUUCUUUAUGGAAAUCUGAAUCACGUGAUGAUAGAGUAGAUAAAACCCACCGAGUAAGAGUGACUUUUUUGGCUUCUGAAUGGGGAUCAAGCAAAGGAGGGCUUUCCACCAUCAACAGGGAGUUGGCCAUUCAGUUAGCCAAAUGUCCUGAAGUGGAAGUCUCUUUCUUUUUACCGCAAUGCAGUCAAGACGACAAGAAGUUAGCCCUAAAGCAUAAUGUAAAGAUCGUUGAGGCAGCACCACUGCCUGGCUUUGAACAACUGGACUGGCUUUGCUUUCCGCCUGAAGAUUUGCAAAUCGACAUUAUCAUAGGUCAUGGCGCUAAACUCGGUAAACAGGCACAAAUCAUUAAAAAAUCUAAACGGUGCAAAUGGGUUCAAGUGGUGCACACAGAUCCAGAAGAACUUGGAAUGUUUAAAAACUAUUCAGACGCAAUUUCAAAGGGCGAAGAAAAACAAAAGACAGAAAUAAAACUGUGUGAAAUGGCGGAUCAUGUUGUUGGGGUUGGCCCCAAGUUGAGCGAGGCCUUUCGCUCCUAUCUUCGCAGCUGCCAAAAAGAUGACAAUGUUGUUGACUUCACUCCGGGAGUAUUUGAAGAGUUUGCGGCUGUGAAACAGGCUCCUAGCGAAAGGCAACAACACAGUGUCUUGGUGUUUGGUCGUGGAGACAUAGAGGAUUUCAAACUGAAAGGAUUUGACAUCGCUGGGAAAGCGGUCGCUGAAUUAGAAGAUACCCGUCUUGUGUUUGUUGGAGCUCCAGAUGGGAAACACGAAGAAAUAGCAAACCGGUUGACCGAAUGUGGUGUUCCUGCAAGUCGCUUGAGAGUAAGGGGAUUUCUACCAGACCGAGAGAGUUUGAAACGCUUGUUUCAAGAAGCAGAUCUUGUAGUCAUGCCUUCAAGAACAGAAGGCUUUGGGUUAACAGGACUUGAGGCCCUGUCAGCUGGUCUUCCUGUGCUUGUCAGCCAAAACUCUGGUUUUGGAGAAACCCUGUGCAGUGUACCCUUUGGUUCAAGCUCUGUGAUUAACACAGAGGACCCUGCAGAGUGGACCUCAGCCAUUAAGAAAGUCUGGGCUAAGGACAGGAAAAACCGACUUGAGGAAGCGGAAACCUUGCGUUAUUCUUACGGAAGGAGAUACAACUGGGCCAAGCAGAUAAACGAUCUUAUUGAGAAGAUGAUCAGCUGGAUCCAAGGUAGGAAUGUCUGUUUUCUUUUAUGUUUCGUUUUUUGUUUGUUCGUUUUUUUGCUUUGAUUUUUCUGUAACAAUUAUACUCUCUUCGUGAUUAAAAUUAAAUUGAAGAAACUAAUAGAAAAUUAUCGAAAAACAAACAAUCAAACAAACAAAACAAAAGAAAAACAAAAUCUGAAAAUAAAAUAAAAUAAAACUAAACUAAGCAGACACACUUAUAGCCUGAAAUCGUAAUAGAAAUGUUGGUGACUAUUCAGCCUUUUCCAAGCUUCAGGAUAGCAAUGCGUGGAAAACUGUUUCCCAUUAGAUAUUGUUGUAAGAUUUUUAAUUCAUUACCAUCUGUCAUAUGCUUCAUCCACAGCUCACUUUUAUAGUUAUCUCUUGUGUCCAUAUUUACCGUAAAAGCCCGGUUCCAUUUGUUUUAUCUUUAACAGAUGAUUCUACAAAUGUUGCGAGCUCCUCAGAAACAACAGGCAGAAUGUUUUCAUCUGCCUGCAAAACUUCUCAGCGGACGGAAGGUAUGGACGAGCACCGCGCAGGUAAUUUCUCCUAUCCCGAAAAACUUUUAUUACAAUCAGUACAAUAAUAUUGCCCUUGAAGGGGUGUUCUGUGCUCAAAAAAGCGUUAUCAUACUUUAACAAUUGUUCAAAACUUCAAUUGCAAUUUAAGACAUUGAUAAUUGGCAGCAUGUUGCGCUCUCUUGUUUUUUCGUCUUGGCGUACACUUACUGAUGCGUUCUUAACUUUUCACUGAGAUUUGCCGUAAAUUGGCUUUGGCUUUCUCGCUUUCUAUAGUUAUAACCACCUCAGUGAGAGAGACAAUUGUUGGCUUCACACUAGAGCUUGCGUGCAUAAUGUAAGUGUACCUGGAACCUACUUUGAGUGUGAAGAGGUAAUUUGUGCCAACUUCAACUUUACUUGGUGAUCAUGGAAACGAUUGUAGUUAAAUGAAGCCGAAGUUCGCCGCCAAGUAUCGGGUAUACACUAUGAACGGACAGAUAAACAUUCAACACGUCUUAGCUAAGAGCAUUGCGGAAGAGUCCAAGCCCAAAGCUCUUCGGCGAUUUCUUUGCCAAAGAGCGCGUUGUUUGUGCCGUUCUAAAGAAAUACAGAGGAAGACUUCGCUUGUGUUUUUUUUUCUAUGACACUGCUAAGUACUUGUAAAAAGCGAAGUACGUAAGCAUGUCUGUUAGGGUCAAAACCCUUUGAGUUCAAAGUUCCCAAAAAAUAUACAACUAUUUCGAGAAAGGUUGUCAGAAAAAGUGCACGCGACAGUCCCCAAAGGUAUUGUGGGUGGUUUUGAUUUCACUGUUCUGAAGGUGGCUCGACCCAGUCUUUUUGUAGGUAGACCUUCCAUCUUUGAAUCUCUUUGACUUAAACAAAUCUAUCUUUUUUGUAAAACUAUUGUAAACACAUGUAUUACACAUAGACUUAACUUUAUCAUGACAUUAUUUUGGGGUUGAUCAAAAAAUAUAUAUCACGUGACAAUGACGUCACAAUAGUUUGAGCUCUAAAUCGAAUAGACCUAUUCGGUUAACUCAAUGUUGUACCCAAUUCAAAUCUCCCGGGGAUAAGAUUCUUUGUGUAUUGCAUUUGCAUUAUAAUGUGGCAUUCACAUUUAAAUGAUAUGGAAAUUCCUGAAACAAAACGUUUUAUUCCCAAAGGGUUUGAAUUGGGUACAACAUUGAGUUAGCUGAAUAGGUCUAUUGCACCCCUAAUCGGCAUUUUCUUUAGAAAUCUUGAUGUUUCCUAUACUUUGGGUGCUUGUCUUCUGUUGUGCGAAGUUUCACAAAAAUCGACAAGAAGGUAAACUGAAGACUGGAGUCAAUGCAGACAAAUUUGCUACUUUUUGCAUGUUUCUGAAAAGUUUUUAUCACUCGUUCGUUUUGCAAAUGACCCUCAUACACUCUACAACCGGCUAAACGCGAGUAGACUUCCGCAAUUUCGAAAAACACGAAAACAUGUAAAUCAGGGUAAAACGCAAUGCUGAGCUCUUUUUGUAAUUGUGUGGUUCCAGAAAAUAGCCAUACCACCCCCACAAAAGGGAUUUGCCGUAUGACCCCCCUCCCUUCUGGAUUUUCCUAAAUCGGCCCUCAAAAUUCACCCCCCUCACCCCUCCGGAACUUCCAAAAUUUUUGCACGACCCGUGAAACUAUUGCUAUCUCUUAUUGAAGUGAACAAAUGAAUAGUUUCGUUCACUAGGAUGUCAAAUUUUGUGAGUUUCAUGUAUUUUCUGUUGAAUUCUUUAACAGAUAAGCGCAUUCCAUAUGCGAACUCCCUAUGCACUCAAGUCACGAGCAAAUUUUCUACAAAGAGAUAAACAAAAAUUCUUUUGUGCUCAAGUCACAAAGAAAUUGUUGAAAAAGUUCUUCAAAUGAAAUACAAGGUCGCGUGGGAAAUAUAAGCCUUUUACCUCGCUUAAUUUAAUCCACCGUGUUGGACCAGCCGUUGGCUGCUAUUUCCGCUGGGCAAACUGCCUUUAUCGCUAGGUUUUGUGUGCGUGUCUUUUCUUUGUUAAGUAUAUCAAUUAGGUUUUCUCAGCCAUCAGUACUAGUGUAGACUUCGAUCUGUCAACUUCAGCUCGGCAUUGGGCCAUAGGCUCUCUGUACACCAGUUUUUGUCUACUCAAAGCUAAUCAGGUUGUCUUUGUGUGUAAACCAAAGAUAGUACUCUCUUUUCUUUAUGUUUUGGGGGUUAAGUUUUUUGGUUCUUUAAUUCCUUUUAAUCGUUUUUUUGGUUAAGUUUAGAACAAGUGCACUUGAAUGAAGUGCUUACUUGAAACUAACUUCUCUUCUAGGGUGAAGCUAACAAAUAUAAUUAUAUUCAACUUCGCUUUGCACAUUUCGAUCACCCCCUCCCCCUCCCUCCCUAAUAUACCGCAACCAAUAUUUUUAAACUGCAAUAAUUAUUAAACAAGGUCAAACGUAAGUCCUCUCUGCCCCGUGAUUCAGUUAAUAGUAAACAAGGACUAAAAAAGCAAUUAAUAGAGAGGAGAAGUGUGACGUCACGUUACCAUGGUAGAAAAAUGUUUGGAUCACAACAAUGGGGAGCUUAAGGGUCAAAUGAACCAAAAAGGGAAAUAUUUUCUUUUGUCGCUUUACCUUCACCAAACACUAAAAGGAACCAUCCUAAGCAAGAUUUGGGUAAAGAUUUUACGUAAUAAAACUACAAGGCUUCCAAGUUCUGUCGCUGGCUGCAGCACAAUGCCUUCUGAAUUUUGCCCAUUUUCUCCCACUUCCACACGUCCCUCGCUACCCAGCCUCCGGAAAAUCAAAGCCAGAUAGUUUGCGAAGGUCGAUGUCAAAAAUGGUUGAGAUUGCUUGCCUCUAAUGACCUAAAGUGACGCCGCGAAUUUUCACAUGCGCCCCAAAAUCGCCAUCGUCAUUGGAUGUGCACCAAAGUGGUCGAUCUUAACGGCCGUAUAAAAUUCAAAUUUACGACAAUUAACCCUUGUCACCUCCCCACAGCCCACGUUGUACCCGCCGAAAAUGACAGUUGGAAGCGGCUGAUGCAGGUCAUAAUAUCAUGAUUAUUUUUUUUGCUGUAAGUCGCCUUUCGCUUGGCAUCAAAAAUUUGAAUAUAACCUGAGAUUAGAGCAGAAUGACCACGAAAUAAUCUUUAGUAAUCUUUGUGUUUACUCGUCAUGCCGUUGUGCUGUGGCCGGUUGCCGAAUAUGCAUGCCUUGUCGUGUUAUUAUGUAUUAGUCGGGGGUGUCAGUUUCAAGUGACUGAAAACACCACAAAAUCGCAGAACAUGACACUAAAAACAUACGGUUAGUUAUCUUUAUUCAUUUUUCUUACAUUAUAUUAACAUUUGGGAUGUAAUAUAUCAAACAUGAGAGUUGAAAAUACGACGCGCAGCGGAGUAUUUUUGACGAACUUCGAGGUGUUUCAUCUGGUUAUGAAACACUGUGUCGAAUGUUUGAUAUUUCUUCUCAAACAAAAUCAUUUUUGAAGGAGAAAUUAAGGAUGCAAAUACUAAGCAGUGUUUCAUCCGAUUUCCAAACACUCAUUAAACAUUAAUUUCCUUGUAUUUUCUUAAUGAAUUAUUAAUGAGUUUGAGAAUAAAAGAUGCAAAAUUCUGUGUUUUAUGAAGCAUUUCUACCGAUCAGUUGAAUCAAGCCGAGUGCGGGCUUACGAAAUACAGUAAAUGUAUGGGAUCACAUGUCGCACUUGACAUCACGAUCCCUCGAACAGUUCGGAUGGUCCGCCUGUGGCUGACUGUGUUUGUUUGUGUCGUUCUGUGCUGUUUUGUGAGAGUUAUGACUGAGACUGAAUGAAAUACGAGGUGCGAACGUUUGCUCCUUGUAAAGCCUUUUUAUUUGUUUUUGUUGUCGUUGUUGUUUUUUUGUCACUUGAAAAUUAGUUUGGAUUCAGAACAACCAAUGUUAGAUUAAAAACGGAUCAUUCCGCCAGUCUUAGGUGGAAUAAAAUGUUUUGCGGAACAUUUCCAAAGAGGCGAGCAUCUUUCUGACAAUUGUGCAUUCAAUUUGUGAGUUGAUUUUGUGUCCAGAACUUCGCCUUCUUUCGCCGGGCUGAAUUAAAACCCACUUGUAUUCUGUUAUUAGUAGUUGCAGUUACUUUUUUACAUGCCCCUAUGCCCAGAUUUACGUACCUCUGCAGAGCCAGCGUCGUCCUUGUCUUCAAUCAAAGAACCGUAAUGCUAUAAACGCAUGCGAGUGAACAAACUUGCGCGCUUAAAACUUUCUCGGAAAUCAGAAGGCCAGCAAGCUUGCUCGAGAAGAAAAGACUACUUCGAUCAUUUUUCUGUUGCUCAUGUAAUAAUAGUCAGAGCUUUUUCGUUUUUUCAUUUUUAAUUACAUAUUUUUGUUUUCAUUCUGUACGCAAAUUUUUCUUUUCAACUGCUGUGAAGUAGCUCAGAACGACAACUGCCGGCAUUGACUUCAAAACAAUAGACUGACUCUUUGCCCGUAAGCAAUUGCAGGAGCUGGAUUUGACUGAAGUGAGCAAAACAAACCCUUAUGUGCCGUUUUCUGUACUUUCUAAUGAUUCAGUUUGCUGAGUGUAAUUUGCUUGAAUGAAGUCCCUCGCAUGAACCAGUUAUUAAAAAUAGCUAAAAUUUAAUGGUGAAUCGUAGCUUGGUUGCGGAGCUUGCAAAUGAUCUUUUGCUUUUAAGAUCUUUAAGUGGGUUGUUUUUGUACAGAAAAUUCACUUCUUCAUUGUCCGCAGGUGUAAGAGCCUUAGCCUCAACCUCGUUCCCAGGGUUCUCUCCUACCCGUCCCUAUGGAGCAAGAGAGAGAGAGACCCUUGUUGGGUCUGGUCACGUGGCUCCAAAACAAAAUUAAUUCUGAGGGAGGAGUCCUUUCUAUCACAAUUUUGUGUCUCGUUCACCCAAUGAUCGCAAGGUUCCGCAAGAGCAAGGUAGAUUUGCUAACCCUACAACUAUAACUGAAACCAUGGGAAAUUUCUACCCAAACAGAACUUCCACUAGACAAACAAGUUGAUUAUUUUACCAGAGGUGAAAGCGAAAACUUGCGUUAUCGCAGUUUAACCGACGACACCAAUCGCUAAUGAAAAUUUAUGAUCUUGAGUUCUACACAAGCGUGUUUAUAUUGAAGGGAAAAUCCCUCUAUGUUAAACUUGCAUUAAAAGUAUCAAUGUUUGCCUGACAGCGGCUGCUUGUAAUCGGGCCGAAUCAGUAUACUGCAAAAUCUACAUCAUAAGCGAUCUUAGCUAGUGCUUCCGGAGCAGGGAAUUCAUAUUUGCUGAACCAUAACAAUAAUAUUUUAAAUUUGUGAAAAUGUAGUUUUAAGUAAAAUCGAUACUACUAUGACAACAAUAAACAAAAAACUUUGAAAUUGAUAAAAGCCGAAUUUUGUGUGAUCUAGACCUGCUACUGAAAAUCCAGCACUAGGAACUUAAAGUUUGGGUUUAAGCAAACAAUCUCCGAAAGAAGUAAAAAGUUCUGUAUGUUUGAAUUCGACUGAAAGGAAAAUAUAUUUCAAACCUUAAAUUUUCAAUAGCCGUGCUAGAUUAUAUGGCUCAAAUUAUUCUUAAGUAGCGUCAGAAUCCUGCUUAAUAUCAUAUUUUGAUGAUAGGAAAUUUUAAAAAAGUUUCGUUAGAGUCAUUUUGGGGAGAUACAAGAAAGCACUAAAAGUCCAAAUUCUGAAUGAAGUUGCACUUAUACAGGUGCUGAGAAAACGGGUUAGUUUUCAAGAUCGCAAGAACGAAAGUACACCAAAAUUUCCUAUCAUCAAAAUAUGAUAUUAAGCAGCAUUCUGACGCUACUUAAGAAUAAUUUGAGUCAUAUAUAACGUUUUUAUUAAAUAAUCUAUCACGGCUAUUGAAAAUUUAAGGUUUGAAAUAUAUUUUCGUUUCAGUCAAGUUCAAACAUACAGAAUUUUUUACUUCUUACGGAGAUUGUUUGCUAAACACCAAACUUUAAGUUCCUAGUGUUGGAUUUUCAGACCUAUUGAUUGCGUUAUUUUACAGUGGUAUGCCUGUGGUACGGACAGUCCAUCGCUCGCUCGAUCGCUCUGUGUACGUUGAAGUGAUUACCAAAUUUUCUGGGAUGAUAGAUUUACUUAGCUAUGGGGCUCCACACGAGCGCGCUUCGCGUGCUUGGAGAUCCGCUAAAAAACUAUAGUUGCUUGAAACCGAUUUUGGGAAAGAUUAUACUAGAUAAAGAUAACCCUUGUUUUACCCACUUAUCAACGCCAAAACUUCUACAUUGAGGAUUUUGUUUAUAUUUUAGUGAUCUGCGAAGCUACAAGUGUCCAAUCAAGAGUGGGUUUUAAAAUAUCAACUCGAGUGCGACAAAGUUCAAAGACUUCAAACACAUUGUGGGCAAGCGUGAAUUUCUUUGGGCAAAUCACUGUACAAAGAUAUUUUGUUUUUGUGUCUACAGUGGAGUUCCGGACCUUUUAUAUCCAGGAACUUACUAAUAUGAACACAUUUUGUCAAUGCAUCUUGGAAAAAAUUAGACCUACUCAUUCGCAUAUCCAGUAUAACGCAAGGAAAUUAAUGUCGUUAAAGUCCGUUCUAUGAUGUAUUCUAUUCUUCGAGAAAAUUAAAUAAUAAGAAGGUUAUAACCAAAGCUUGCAACUUUUGAAGACAAACUGCUCUUUCUUUCCAGGUGCACAAACAACCAUAAUUUCUGCACCAAGUCCACUAGGAAAACACUGUUUUUUAAUUUCCCGCUUUUUUUUCACCUAACCAUCAUUGACAUCAUAGGCUCUUUUUGCCGACAAUUUUUCCGACACAGUACAAAAAUUGUUGUUUUCUUUUUUUCUAAACUUAGAUACGGUCCUUUUGGAUUCAACCCCAGAAGAUUUCGCCAACUUUUGAAAAAUUAAAUGAAAUUGAAUAAGAUCGAUGAAGUUUGAAACAAUGCGAAUUCUCUUUUCAGUUUGUUGUCAUCCAAAAAUUUUGCUACCAUAGCAACGUGACGUAACGACUUCUACUCUCUAUUGUUAGUGGUUUUACAGUGGGACUACACGAACCGAGCCCGAGGCCAGCGAAAAAAUUUUGAGAUAAAUUUUGAAAUUAGCCAAUCACAGGGCGAGCUCUAGAACAAUGAAGUUGUGCAUAGUUUUGUACUCAGAGCCAGUUCAAGAUACAUUGCAAACCAUUUUUCUAAAAGAUAUAAAACAUAAGGAAUCAUGACGUUUUUGUAAAUCAAGCUGAAAAUGUUUUGACAAUGCUGGUCUGGGUGUGGUGUAAUCAGAGCCAGCAGUAAAGAAAUUUUGAGCAAUCCGAACUAAAGGUGACGACCGCGCAUUUCACGGCAAACAGCGCUCAGUGAGUGAAUUGCCGUGUUGGUGAUUUGAGAGCUACGGUGGCUCGAAAACACUUCCCAGAAUGUAAAACACGUCCCAAAAUCCAAAAACACUUCCCAGAAUCCAAAACACAUCCCAGAAUCCAAAAACACUUCCCCAGAAUCCAAAACACGUCUCAGAACCCAGAAACACUUCCCAGAAUCCAAAACACUUUCCCAAAACCAAAACCACAUUCAAGAAUCCAAAGGCAUCCCGGACGUGUUUUGGAUUCUGGGACGUGUUUAGCCUGAGAAAACAGCCGACAUUUCGCGAAGCUACCACUGGUUUCCCUGCGAAAUGACGUCUGAGAAACUGAAAUGCUUCUGAUUGGUUGAAUCAAAUUUCCCACACAGCACGACCAAUCAGAAACACCACCCAGAUCUGGGUAGUGACACGUCAUCAGUAUGGAAUUUCUGCGCUCGUUUCUCGAACGUCAUUUGGCCGGGAAACCAGUGGUGGCGUUGCAAAAUGUCAGCUGUUAUCUCAGGCUAGGACUUGUUUUGGAUUCUGGCAAGUGUUUUUGGGUUCUGGGACAUGCUUUGGAUUCUGGCAAGUGUUUUUGGAUUCUGGGACAUGUUUUAGGUUCUGGCAAGUGUUUUUGAAUUCUGAGACAUGUUUUGAAUUCUGGGAAGUGUUUUGGAAUUCUAAGUGCAUACUUAGGGACCUAAAGUCUAAAAUGACCCUUGUUUAAUUAAACAAGGGUCUAAUUAUUAUUAUUUUGUUUGUUUGUUUGUUUUUUAAGCAGCCUGUUUAUUUUUAUAGGGGGGUUAUUUCCUCCUUUUUAUUAUCUCCCAGGGGUUAAACUGAAUUUCUGCCAUACAGACAAACCAAGAUUCUGCUACCUUCCAGGGAUGCUUUUUAUUUUUAUUUAUUUUCAUUAUUUUUUUGAUAAGCACCCCUGUCUUUUCAGCAUGCAAAGAAAGUAGUGUCCGAUUGCCCGGGGCUAGUGGAUUUUGCUAUCGGGCUGGUGAAUUCUGUUUUUAACUUGCCCGACUGGCAAUUGAUGUUUUUUUGAGGAAUUUGAAUCGCAGAAGAACUGUGAAAGUAAUUCUGUUCGUCAAAAAGCUUUUGGGGCUAGUUGAAAUGACGUCUGGGCUAGUAAAUGCUAGCUUCAACUUGCCCAAAUGGCAAGCUGUAAAAAUGAUUUUCUUUGCACCCCAUUUUUGUAAAGCAUCCCGGCUAUUCUUAAAGGGGAGUAUCUCCUUCUCGUUUUGUUACCUCGUAGGGGUUAAAAUGAAUUCCUUCCAUGCCCUCAAAGCAAGAUUGAAUUUUUUUAUUUGACUAGCACCUCAGUUGUUUAAUAGGGUAGUAUCUCCUUCUCCUCCCCCUUCCCCCCACUCCCUGAGGACAUUAGCAACCAACAUUACAGGGUUGUCACUAAGGGCUGGGAGGCGUGGAUUUCCCCUGGCUGCUAUGAGCAUGACGCCUGGUUACUUUAUUCAUAGGAAAUAAAAGGAAAUAGGACCGAAAGAAUUUCCAGGAUGUUCUAUUCCCUGCUCUGAAACUUGAAACCAUAGUGACAGCCCUGAACCCUAACCCAUAAAAGAAACUCUCUGCUCUGCUGGCUUUAUUUUCUGGUUUUAGAUCAUUCUAGAAAUCUACCCUCUGAUUGGUUCAUUGCUGUGGUUUUGAAAGGCCCAAGAAAUAUUUUUUUCUUCCUGUUUUGAAAAUGUUUAUAAGUGCAACUGCUUACUAGAUGCCUUUCAGAAUCAACUUAGUGUGCAGCAGAAAUCCCGCAUAACCAAGUUUAAAAGAUAAAUUUAUUGUCUAAAACUGAGCACACUGGAACCAGACAUCAUUUAGUGAAUUAAAAUGUCAGUAUGACCCUCAAUUAUGUAAAAGCUAAGAUGUAAGCUUCCAGUCCCAAGACAAGCUGCUCAGUGCUUUUUUAUUCACACCCAGAACCUAAGAUGUCAGAUUGAUAAACAUUUUCCCCAAAUACUUUUGAAUAACUGUUGUUUUAAAUGUCUCACUUCAGUUUUAAUUCUAUUUUGUUUAACUCACAGACCUGUCAGCAAGGAAGCAGCCCUCUAGCUCUGUGGCCAACAAGGAGUUACCAGGUACUAUUAUAUGUAAUAAAGCAGAAGUGGUAGACAUACAGUAGAUUAAAAACGCUUAUUUUAACAUGAAAAUGACUUUUGUCGUUUGUUAUAUUGCAAUACGAAAUUAUCUUUAUUGUAGUAGUUGUUUAUUUAUAUUUCAAGAAUAAGUAGCAAAGAAGAAGUAUGAUGUGAUACUUCAAGCGUCAAAUUCUUUCUUUCAUUCAAUCUUUCUGUUAGAAUUUUGCUAAGGUAUUUUUAACCUGCGUUAACCGUCCUCGAGGCAUGUCAUAAAAAAUAAGAAUUAUUUUUACCUCUCAACCACAAACGUCACUAACGGCUUUGGAGAGGUAGCCCUCUAUUGGCGGUGUCUCCUCCCUGAACCUCUCUUUGUGGGGUAACACCCCUUUACACUUGCUUUACUGAUGCAGUCUUCAAAGAUAUUUACAUCUACAUGUUACUCAGCCAAGGUUGCCCAUCCCGCCAUAUUCAGGGCCGGGUUGUUCGAAGCUGGGUUAAGAUAACUCAGGGUUAGUGCGAAAUUUGAACUCAGAUUUGAGAGCUUAAAAAUCAAAUUCAGUUUCAUCCUCUUUGCCUACAAUUUGAUGAUUGGAUACUCUAAAAAGAAUAGAGAAAAUUAUUCGGGAGAGUGCUUUUGAUAAAAGGAAAAAGAAUCCCGGGUUAAAAUUUAACCCUAGGGUAGCGCUAACCGGCCUUCGAACAACUGGGCCCUGCAGAAUUGUAAUUUCAAUAAUUAAUAAUUCUAUAUUUAGCUAGGUGAAAUUACAUUUUUAACUUUACAUAACUGAAAUUUGUGCUAGGUUAUAACUUUAUAAUGUAAGAGAAAUAAGAAGUGCGAGCUGGGAAGCUAAAUAAACUGUUAGAUUUUCUAGUUAGUUCCCCAUCCAAUUAAAGUCAGUGUGUUAGCAGGUGAAAAAGAAGAAAAUAGAAUAGAUAAAUGAAUUAAUAAAUUCAAUUCAAUUAAUAAACUCAAUUAAAAAAGAGCAUUCCUUCUACGUUUGACCGUUGUAUUUAUAUUCCUACACUAUAUUCUGGUGUUUUAGAGCCCUGAUAUCUAUAUGCACUCUUACUUACAUUUCUGUUGGUGUAUCAUGAGUUGAGGAUAAUUUGUUUUUAAAUAUGGAAAUUUUAUUUAUAUGGUGUGAUCUGAUCAGUUUAUAUAAAUAAGGGCCUAUAUUUUGUGCGUCAACUGCCACCCUUUAACUUUCCUCACCUGUUAAGAUAUCAAGUUAUAAACGAACAAUUCUUUAACAAAAAGGAACGUAAAAUUUUCUUUAACAGAUUCUCUCUGCCUCGAGGAGUGCCAGAAACAGCUGCGAUCAAUUUAUGAAACCAGCAGCAAAGUCAAAAUCGUUCCGUGGGAUCAAAGCUCUGCCGUUCAUAUCGAUGAAAUUUACACCCAGUUGUCUUGGCUUAUGGAUGAGAAGAAGCCCAGCGGAGUAACACAGAAGGAACUGAAACACUACACCGACAUUUUUGACGGCGGAAGACUUGGUCAUACCCCUAAGCGUAUUUUGGUUCACGGACGACCGGGUAUCGGCAAGACCGUUUUUACGCAGAAAGCUACAUUCGACUGGUCCCAGCCCAGAUGUAAAGGAAAGUUAGGAACAUUUGAUCUUGUACUUUUGGUCAAAUUACGCGAUGUUUGCGACCUCGACGAUGUCCCAGGCAUUCUGAGUGCUGCUAAUCUUCUUGCGAGUGAUGGCCCAAUUUCCACUGACAACCUGUACGAUUACGUUCGUCGCCACCAAGAAAAGGUGUUGCUUAUUUUGGACGGCUACGAUGAAUACGUACACAGCGCAGAAAGGCAAUCACCUGUUCUUCAAAUCUGGGAGAAAAAGCAGUUGAGGGAUUGUUGUGUUAUUGUAACGUCUAGAGACAUGAAAGGAGAGAGAUUGAAAAGUUCCAGUGAUGCUCAAUUUGAGAUCGACGGUUUUGACCGUAGGCAACAAAAAGAGUUCGCUCGUAGAUUCUUGAAAGAUGAUCAAGAUGUUGAAGAGUUUUUCAGGUACUUGAAACAACAAAGUCUGGAGGAUGUAGCAAAGAUACCUAUUGUACUUUUAAUGCUGUCUUUGGUUUGGGAGAAAAAGGAUCGUGUAGGACUACCUUCAUCACGGGUGAUGAUUUAUGACCAGUUCAUACAGACUAUGUUUAAUCAUAUGUCUGAAAAACAAAACAAGCCGGUGGAAAAAGUUGACGACCACAAAGAAGAACUCUGUAAAGUAGGAGAACUAGCCUUUGACGCACUUCUACAAGAUUUACUUUACUUUCCUCUCAGUAUACUGCCGGAUCGCGUUUUGACUGAGAAACUGAUCGAGGCCGGGUUGUUUCAGCUGCUAAACGUGUCCGCUCUUAACCCCAGCAAAGACGUUCACUUCAUUCACAAAUCCAUGCAGGAGUUUUUGGCUUCUAAAUUUGUAAAAGAAGAACUGUUAUCUCAAGAAAGUAAAAACAAUUCCCUUUUCAAAGCCGACUCAAUUCAAAAGAUCUUCAAGUUGAAUGAAGUUUUUAAAUUUGUUGGUGAAAUGUCAGAAGAAGCCGCGCGCAAGAUCUUGAUUCAUCUGUUGGAAAUGGCGGCGAAGGAAGACGGAGAGUACAGCUUCGACAAUCAAGCACCGUCAGUCGAAGAUUUGUCAGAAACACAAAAAAAUCUUUUAACUAUAUGUACACAGUUAUUCUUCUACUGCUCAGCAGACACGAGAACAGAACUUUUCCCCACUUUUCUUUCUAAUCUAGGAGGUGUUUUGUUCAUUUUAAAUCCUGACCAGCUGAAUAUUGCAGCAAAGGAAAAUUUUGUUAAAACUACCGCUUCACUUAUGUACAUAUUUUUCUCUGAUAGCAACCAGUAUACAGAGCAAAGUUAUAAUAAUUUAAUUAGUUUAGUACAGCAAUUAAACGCUGUUAUAGUUAGUAGAACAGGAGAACAGAAAGCAUCAGAAUUUUUGAAUGUAUUUCCAUGGCGUAGUGUUGACGAGUUUUUCUUAAUGAAAGAAGAAAACAACACUAACCUUUAUUUUACUAAAAUUGUAGAACGUACAUAUCAUGGCAUUUCUCCUCUUCCUUUUAAAAUGGUAAAGACGUUAGUUAGUUUAGAAGAGACAACAAAGAAGACAAACAUGAAUGGCGAUGAGUCAAGUGAAGAGAGCAGCAGCAGCUGUUGUUCAAUGCGUCAUGGUCUCUCCAGGGUUCGGAGGAUUGAAGCUGAUGAUGUGAACAGGUCAGAAGUGGAACAGCUGAUUGAGAUGAUGACGUUUUUCACCGCUCCACACGUGAUAUUGGUUUGGGGUGAACUAUACGGUGAAGUGUUUGAUGCUGAGGUAACAGAGUCUCUACUGAGGAGCAUCCCAACAACACACAAACUGGAGAGAUUAAUACUCCGUGCUAUCAAUUUAACUUCAUCACCUGCUGUGGAGUUCAUAAGCAGAGUAUUUAAACAAGAUCUUCCAAACUUGAAGUUGCUCGACAUGUCAUGGAAUCCUCUUCUGGGUGCAGGAGUCGACAGCUUGAUAAAACAUCUCAGCUGCGCUCCUCACCUGGAGGAACUAAUCCUUGAAGAUGUAAAGAUGACUCCACAGCAGGUGAUGAAUCUCACAUCAGCCAUCAAGCAGCACGGAAACAUCAUUGAACUGUGGUCAGACUACCACGUAAGUUUUCCAAUUUUGUCGCAAUUUGUUUCUUUAGUCUUUGUUUACAGUUUAUUUCUACUCAGCUCUUGCCUUUCGCCAUUUUCCUCUCUUUGUCAUUUUUAUACUCGACAAAACACGAGAUUUGUUUUUGAAAUCAAAUCGCAAACUUUAGCAGAUUCAAAGAAUCAUUUCAAAUUCAUUUCUUUCAACUGAUUAAACUAACUCCAUAAAAUGUUUUAACUGAGAACGUUAAGAACAAGUAACUUUAGCUGAUAUUAAAACAUGGAGUUGAACACAAGAUGAGAAAUUUCGUAUCUUCAAGCAGCCAUAAGAUGAUAUUAUUGGGUGAAAACAAGAACUUUUAGCAAAACAAAAGCACAUAAUUUCCACAGUAUUAAUUUCUCAAUCAAUUUUAAUUCAUACCUCUUCAUAAAGUAAGAAACAAGAAUCAUAAAAGCAAAUGAAAGAUGUUCAGUUCAUGUUCAAUUCAAACAAAUGAGCAAAGAGGAAGCACAUUGAACUCACAGUUUCACAUUUAUCGUCCAGGGCUCCUAUAAAAACAGUUUAAGUCAAGUGAAGUUCCUUUGAAAGUCCAAAAAACAAACAAGUCUUUGUUAUAGCUGUUCUUUUGUUAGUUCUUGAGCGUUUCUUUGGUAAAUACUGGUCCUUGCAGUUCGGUGAAGCGUUGGUACAAAAAAAUUGUAUCUUCGAGACAACGGUUGAAAGCAACACCAAAAAAAUUUUCUUUACAGGUAAACACUUCUCUGUUCUCCACUGUCUAGCAUAAGUGUCCAUUGCAUGAUUUUCAUCGCGUAAAUAUCAUAAGAUUGUUUUCAAUUUUCCCAGAACACUCGCCAUACAAAUCAAAUCCUGCGGAGCUUUGGGCUUUCGUGAAAUAUCCUUAUAAAUGAUGUUUCCUUGAGCUUCGAACAACUCCUUAGCAUAUUCCUGAGUAAAAAGAGAUGAAUCUCUGUCUUUUGCCGGUAACAUUUCCUUGAUGUUUUCUUAUUAAAUUUUGAGUUCAUCCUGAACAGUUUGCUGUUGAAGAGCGAACUGAACAAACUACAAAAACAACAAACGAUGUCAUUCAAAGCCUAGUGACGUGGCGGCAACUGAUUGGUUAAAACCACCUCGGAGGAUUUUUCACGUGAUGACAUUUUCCCGCCUUUCGUUUUAUUACGUAACAAAAUUCCCGCCCUCAAAAAAUACACUGUUAGGGACUUGUCAGAAAUUAGCAGGGGGGGAGGGGGGGGGUGGGAAUUUUAAAUUUGGGUUCGGAAAUUAGGUGACCCACCCCUGCAAUGCGAGUGAAAUUUUCUAACCCUCCCCUUUAGCUUGGUCUAAAAUAUCAUGACCCUCCCCACCUUACAGAAUUGAAAGAAAAAUGUUCCAGGCUCUUUAAGGUGCAGGAUUCCAAGCCAACAAGACAAACAAAUGAACAAGAAAAAAAAGGAAACAAAGCAAAAUAAAAGCAAAGCAAAGAAAGCUAGGCAAAAAAAAAGAAUGGAAGCUAACUGCAAAGGAGCUAUUGAAACCAUAUUACACCUCGGCAAGAAUCGCGUGAUAUUACAGAGCCUAUUGGCCCAUUAUUUCUUCAUUAUGAAGGAAAAAGUGGGUUCCUCAAAACGCAAAGGCCAUAUAUCUUUGAGAAGGGUUGUUCACCAAUGAUUCUCAAACUCAUUAAUAAUUCAUAAAGAAAAUACAAAGAAAAUUAGUGUUUAAUGAGUGUUUGGAAAUCGGAUGAAAAACUGCUCAGUAUUUGCAUCCUUAAUUUCUCCUUCAAAAAUGAUUUUGUUUGAGAAGAAAUAUCAAACAUUCGACACAGUGUUUCAUCACCAGAUGAAACACCUCGAAGUUCGUCAAAAAUACUCCGCUGCGCGUCGUAUUUUCAACUCUCUUCUCGGUGUUUCAUCUGGUGAUGAAACACUGCGUCUCAUGUUUGAUAUAUUACAUCACAGGACAUUAUCAAGCAAUAUCUACGCUUCAACUUAAAUGAAAAUCAUGAUGAUGAUAAAAGUGAUUGUAUCAAUGCGAAGCUAAUAAAAUAAGAUAGAAUAAACAAAGUAAAAUGCUGAUGACAUAAAUGAUGAUGAUCAAGAUGCUCACAGCAGCACUGAUGGUGAUGCUGAAGACAGGGAUGAAAAGGAUAGCCAAAACUAUAAUAACAUUAACAACAACAUUAUUCGUUUUUGCAAUAAGACUCUAUAGCAUUUUUAUAAAUGAAAAGUAGAUGUUUGUUAAGUACUUCACAGUUUAUAUCCAUAAUAUUCCGUUGCUCUUCUUUUUUUUACGAAAUAAAGAAAUUUUGUUUUUCUUCUGUGGGUGAACCUCUACAUGAUCACAGGCAUAUAUUUGCAUGACCCUCCCCAUUUUAAAGGCCCAUUUUUCAUGACCCCUCCCUUUUCUGAGUCUCAAAAAGUUGUGACCCUCCCUCUGUUUCCACCCCCCCUCCCCCCCCCAGCUAAUUUCUGACAAGUCCCUUAUCUGCGAGUUUUGUAACGCAGAAGAUUUUCGAGAGAAAAUAAAUAGCAUUUCAUUACUUUGAUUUUGAUUCUGCUAUUUUGCAUGCAAGAUUCUCGUACGUGCGCCUUGAUAAAAAGAACGUUUGUCUUACCAAUCCCGCCGAGAAGUCAAAAUCUUCGCUUUUAUACAAGGGGAAAACAUUAUCUCAGCCAGGGGCGUAGCCAGCAUUUCGACUAGUUGUAGGCCGGGCUGACUUUCAUUUCCACAUAUCCUGAAAAUUGCACGCAUGACUAGUACGCACUGACCUCACCAACACUUUGAGCUCUUAAGCUUUUUAGUUCACCCCAACAACGCAUAAUUUAUUACAAGCAGUAGAGUGAUCAAACCAAAAAUUUGUAGUCCCGUCUUACAGGUCUAUGGGCUGGCUACACCCCUGUCAGCAAAUAACCGUAAAAACGCUUAAAAAUAUCUUGUCAGUUGUUGUUUACAUGUAAACCUUGUGCUCGUAUAAUUUUUGACCGUGAUUUAUAGGGCAGAAAGCAUUUUUCCUUGUUUAGGGAUUUUUCAGUUCAUUCAUUCACAGCAGGUCAAAUUUUUAUUAGAGAGAGCUUAUUCGUUUAUUAUUUUGAAGUGAAUGAUUAUAUUUCCGAAAUUAUAUCGAUGGCCCAUGGAUCGCCGUUUCUGUUAGGAAUAAACGGCAGGGCUAUAGCUGUCUAUUCUCUCUUGAGACGCACUCAGACAUUUAUAGACCACAAGUAGCCUGUUUCAGGCGUUCAGCGAGUGUGGAGAAACGAGGAAACAGAACAGCGAGGAAUUUAUAAUGUAUUUAGGGAGCCCCUGUCCCUUUCUUCUGCUUUGUUUUUUAUACGGUCAUCUUACCGCCACUCCCCACUAUCUGAACGCCUAGAACAUGGUAGCCAAAAGCGACUUAUAUUUGUUCUCUUGAAAAAAGAAGACGCUUUUUAAAGCUAUUUAGCAAAAAACCGCGCUGAUGUCACCUAUUGACAUUUCGUUCCAACCAGACCGAAAAGAAUUCUUUUGUUGUAUGCCGCACGGUUGGGCCGAGGAUAAAUUGGAAUCAGCCGAACCUGUGUAUGAAUCUUAAAACAGAUCCAGUCAGUUUCUUCGCCAUAAAGCGAUCUGGUUUGGUUGGUCAUGUUUACAGAGUUUUGCAAUAAGUCCAUGUACUAAGGGUUUCCUACUUUAUAAUAAGCUCACACCUUAAGCAGAACACAGCUCCAGGCUGGUUUUUGUCUAAACACUGUACUUUUUAUGAGGCCAAGUUUUGACUGUUGAUCUUUGCUUUUGGUACGCGAGGCUUGUUUUGAACUCAGUACAUCUUGUCAAAGUUCUUGUCAAAAAACAAUUGUCUUUCGUUUGUCACUGUACUCGCGUUGUACUUAAAAUGAAGGUUUUGAAAUGUGCACACGUCCACACGUUACUAAAAGUGGAUGGGUGGUUUUAAGUAUUGUUUUGUAUUUUGUUGCAGGAUAAUAAAGGAAACCCCAAACCUGAACAUGAAUGGCCAUCAGAGGACUUCUGGAGAAUUCUCUACCCUCGUCUCUUUCCUGAUUCAUCACCUGAAUGAGCGCAUGAACAGGAGCAGGUUAGACAUCACUGAAAGUUUUUGUGAAAGUUUAUUUAUUUAAUGUUUAGUGAGACUUUCAGUGUUUGUGUGAACAGUUCAAUUUUUCUGUCCGUCAGAGAUAAUCAAACACGCUCGAAACAGCCCGUAAAGAGAACCGGAGUCGGUGAGAAACGAAAACUGCCCUUCCUUUUCACUUUGCUCUACUCCGAUCCACUCCCCACUAUCUGAAUGCUUGGAACAGGCUCGCCAAACAUGACUUUUGCCUUGGAAGCUGUUUAGGGAAGAUAUCGCUUACUUUUCCUACUGACAUUUUGUGCCAAGGAGACCAAUUGGCUUUCGAAAAAAUUUUGUUUAACAGUUGGUAGAUCAACUAAGAAAUUAGAAACAAACACCUUGUCUAAGAUUUAAAAACGAGUUCGUUUUUGUUCUCGUAAAUUCCGAUGAAGUGAUCGAUAACUCUCUGGUAGUUCGGAUGGUUGCAGUGUAUUGCAGCAAGUCCAGUCACUAGCGGAGGGUUUCACACCUUGUAAUUAUCUCACCCCUUUAGCAGAACUCAGUUGCCGGCUAAAUUUGCCCAUCAGACGCUGUACUUGUUAUUAGGCCAAGUUUUGAUUUAAUGAUCUACACGGUCGGUACGUGCCGCCUGUUUUGAAUUUAGUACAUCUUGUCAAAGUGUUUGUCCAUCUUUUUUUCGUUGCUCCCUUAAAAUAUCCUUUGUCUCUGUUCUAUAAUUCCAUUGUUCUUAAAUGAAGGUUUUGAAAUGUGUACACGUCCACGCUUUAUUUAAGGGAGAUGGGUGGUUUUAAGUAUUGUUUUGUAUUUUGUUGAAGGAUUAUAAAGAAAACCCCGAAGAUGAACAUGAAUGGCCAUCAGAGAACUACUGGAAGAGUGAAUACCCUCACCUCUUUUUUGAUUCAUUACCUGAAUCAGCGCAUGAGGAGGAGCAGGUUAGUCAUCACUCACCUAUUUUUGUGAAAGUUUAUUUAUUAAAUAUUUAGUAAGACUUUCAGUGUUUGUGUGAACAGGUCUAUUUUUCUGUCCAUCAGAGAUAAUCAAAUACGCUCAGGGGCCUUCAUUUGUAAGUCUCCAUCGCGGAGGAUUUCCGAGUUGGUGAUACUGAGUUAGUUUUUAAUACAGUAAAAACCUGCGUGUAAGAACCUAGUGGCUUAAUAACCUGCUGGUAGCAAUUUGCUUCUUUAUUACCCAACAAUAUAAGAACCAGGUUGGCCAAACGAGAUCACGCAAGUUCUUAUCUGUGGGUUACAGUUAAAUUAAUCAGCUUAUUCAUCAUCUAAAAAAGAGACUGAACAGGAACAGGUUAGUCACCAGCUUCGUUUGUUUAAGUUUGUGCAGCAGUCAUUUGAAACUCCGGCCCCCCGGCCCCCGGAACGUAGCGGGGAAUUUAACAUUGGAUUGGUGUUAAAACACCGCCAAUUUCCCCGCUCCCCUGGCCAAGUAGUUUGUUCAAAGCCCCCUACAGCAGGGAAUUAGUAAAGUGUAGUUCUAGGCUCGAUUUCAACCGCUCUGUCCGAUCUGGUAUUCUGUAUUUCUUAAAAUUCAAACCAUCGGACCUGUUCAUUGAACCUCUCGAUUGCGUUCCUUCAAAUUCAUGAAAAAUGUUACCCUGGGUGCCGGAGGAUUUUUUUCUUACCUAAUUCCUGAGAACGGACCUCUGGAGCCAGUGUAGAAAAAUGUGGUUAGAUCGCUUACAAAACUGAGUAACUUCUGUAUGGUAUACUUGUAAGGGUAAGGGAUCUUAAGCGAAACCCCGCGGGGGGGGGAUACUUCCUUCUAUAAGCCAUAUAGGUAUAGUCAACUCUCGCCUUGCGGACGCCCCGAUAAUACGGACAGCAGCUAAAUUCUCCGUCAAAAACGAAUUACAGACGUUUGACUUAAAUAAACUCCCGCUAUAACGGACUCUCGCUAAUGAGGACACUAAUUUGAGGUUCCUACAGUGUCCGCUAUAAAGGGCCAGUUGACUGUAAUUCCGACAUAAUUUCUGCCUAAAUGUCAGGUGUGAAAACAGGUGUGGAUUUUAGAGGUCAGGUCUGAAAAAGGGUGUGGAAAAUAACACUUUUUGGUGUGAAAUAGGGUCAGAAUUUGGAGAACUAGGCGGCACACCCCCUCCGAGAAUUACCCGGAGUACCCCCUGGGAAGCGACACAGCUCUGUCUUUCUCCAAUUUCUAAUCGUGAAAGUAAUGGGAGAGGAAUCGGGAAGUUUAGAAAGCGCUUUUGGGAUUAAUUUAUCUUCGUUUACGUACGGGGUGAGCAAAUGAGACUCGAAUGAGAUUUGUGAAGUCCUUUUGAGGCAACGCUCGACCAAUGUGUAGGACGUUCUAUACACUUUCUUUCUGUGUCUUGAGACUAGGGCAACCUGUUUUUGUGCUUUUUGCCCUGUUUCUCCUCUGUUUUAAUAUUAUCAUUCCCUGCGGCAUCAUCUCUCUUCUGCCGCCAUACAAAACUUUUGGAAACGAGGCUUUUCCUUUAGUCAGUCAUGUUAAAUCCCCGCUUCUGUCCCCGCUUCCGAAAACUGGUAUUACUGUUUAAUCUCCGCUCAUGACCUGGGUAAAACUAGUCUCCUUCGCAUCCGUUAUUAGGGUCGUCACGCAACGCUCCUCCAUACUGGUGGUAGGAGCGUUGCGUGACGACCCUAAUAACGGAUGCGAAGGAGACUAGGGUAAAACAGGUAUUUUGUUAAUUUCCCCGCCACCGGGGCGAACAUGUUAAAUGUGCGUUAAAUCCCGGUAUUGGCCGCGUUGAAUCCAAAAGGCCAAAAGUAGCCUAUUUCCCCACUAUCUGAAUGCUUGGAACAGGCUAGCCAAAAGUGACUUUUGCCUUGGAAAUAAAAGAUUCCCUUUUUUUUAAGCUCGGUGUUUAGGGAAGAUAUCUCUGACAUUUUGUGCCAAGUAGACCUAUUGAUUUUUGAAAAAAGAGUUUUGUUUAACAGUUGAUUGAUCAACGAAGAAAUUAGAAACAGGCACCUUAUCUAUGAGUUAAAGAAGGAGUGUGUUUUGUUCUCGUAAACUUCCAUGAAAUGAUCGAUAACUCUCCGUCUGGUAGUUCGGAUGGUUACAGUGUUUUGCAGCAAGUCCAGUCACUAAUAUAAGGGUUCGCACCUUGUAAUUAGCUCACCUCUUUUGUUUAUAUUAAAUAUGUCAUUCACAUUACAAUCAUACAAGAUCUGUGGCAGAUGCUGUCUCUAAAAUGUUUUACCACGGCAGGCGGAAAUCAUGAAACAUAAAUGAUUGUUCGUGUAAUUUUCAAUCACGUGACGGCACACAGGAGUUAAACUUGAAAAAGUUGGCCCAAUUUUUUCAAGUUGCAAUCCGUUUUCAUCCAGGCCAUGAAAACCAAAGUCUUAAAUUUAUAGUAGAGGUACAGUAGUAGGUAAAGCCAUUUUAAAUAUAACUGAACCAUCUUUUUAAGGUUUUCGUCAUUCCAAUGUGUGUUCGUUUUAAAAGUAAUAAGUGCGCUGGUGGGCUUACAGUUACAUAGAGAAGGUGGAUGGUGUUUAACAUCUUAAAAUGUAUGAUUUUUGCCAGAACGAUGGAGAAGUCGUUGAAACUGAAGAAGAAACCCCAUUGUAUGAAUCAGUGGAUGAUCAAGAACGGGUGGGUUGCUGAUAUUUUUCAUGAAGGUUUUUUUUAAGGGACUGCACAAUAAUUAUUAGGAGGAGUAGGCCGGUUGUGAAAAGGAAGGGGCGUUUUGCCAUUGCUUAUUCCCUAUUGACACCAACUAAACGUGUUUUAUUAAACUAGGUUUUAAAACUGAAUGAAAAAUAGCAAACGUAAACUAGGGCACAGGCUUUUACACAAAAUUCAAAUGAACUUUUACUUUGCAACCGGAAAAGGUAGCACAGGAGUUAAACUUGAAAAAGUUGGCCCCGUUUUUUCAAGUUGCAAUCCAUUACCAUCCUGGCCGGCAUUGAAAGCCAGCGACACCGACAAUUAAAGUUGAGGUCUAGUAGUACGUCAAGUCGUUUUAAAUAGAACUGAAGCAUUAUUUCAGGGUUUUCUUUCCUUCCAAUGUGUGUUUUCCCUGCCAGCAGAGGUCUCUUUUCCCUGGUAUUCGGCGGGCGGGAGGAAAAGAGCCCUCUGGUAGCAGGGAAAUGUGUGUUUAGGGUUUAAAAAUAAUUCCAAAAUGUCAUGACAUUGCUAGACGCUCUUUAAUGGCAGUACAAAGAUGAUGAACCUUUCGUUUUUUCACGUCAUAGGAGAUGGAAAACCAAACCUCCGAGUCCCAAGUCUU